AUGGGUUUCUCGAAACAUGCCCUCGUCUUGGCUACCAUUACUCUCCUCGCUCAAGCUCAGCAACCUGCCAACAAUCCAGGAAACUGCCCAGUUGAUAAUGGCAAAUACAGGACUGACACCAAAGGCAUGAAUUCCGAUGCCCCAUCCCGAUCUGAACUAAUGAAAGCAUUUAGGAAACACAUACAAGAUCAACUGUGAUCCCGCGGCUGAUGUCACGGUGUCGUCCAGAGGUGCAAGACCAUACUUCGGAGUUUGUAUUGACGUUUGCGGAGUUACACCUGGAUGUAAAGGUGUCGAUUACACGCCUGAAACAAAAUCAUGUGUUUUUCUAAGUACAGGACAAGUAAGAUCUUUCUUCUAGCUCUAAUCGUCUAAUUUGCGGUGCACAAAUUGACUGGAUAUCGUAGAGGGGAACACGGGCCGUUGUAGGGACCCAUAAUGCCUACUUGGAAGACGAUCCUUCCAAAGUUGUGCCGCCAGGACCAUCUUCUAACCCAGCACCACCUGGGCCGUCAUCAGGAGGAACAGGCUCAGGAUCUUCUGCUGCCGCGGGACCAUCUUCUGGAACCGGGUCAAGUCCAUCCUCCGGCACUGGAUCUGGGGCACCAAACCCCUCUUCAGGGACGACACCACCUACCUCCUCCCCACCCGCGAACCCUCCAUCUGGCGGCCCGGGACCGGGACCAACAGAUCCUAAUAUCAGGAUCACGACAAAUCCAUCGUGUCCCAACACAGAUGGUCAGGCAUACAAAACUGAUGAUGGUAUGUUAAAUUUGAACUAGGAUCAAUGGCGAGAUCUGUAGUCAACGGAAUUCCUUAGGAACAUACUACAAGCUCCAAUGCGGAUAUCACGCCCAAGGUAAUACCUUAGCCACAUAUGAGGGUGUUCCUACCUGGGCAGAUUGCGUGACGAAAUGUAGUCAAACUGUAAGUCACAUACCUAUCGAGCAUUUGUUACUCACCGACUAACAAACUCAAGAAUGGCUGCAUCUCCGUCCACUAGUAUGUGAAUCUUUCUCGCCGUUCUCCCCAGUAUAUUGGCAGCGGUGGCAAUAUCCCCAUGAAGAGACCCAAGUACUGAUCUAAUGCAGCAUCGCACCUCCAGGAUCACCUGGCUAUACUAAUUACCAAUGUGUCCUCGCUGAUGGCGAGGGACCAGGAGUAACCACCUGCGCUCAUGUAAGGACCCAGUUCUAUUUCCCCCUCAUAUUCUCAAGGUGUCCUUACAACGCAUCAAAACUAACCAAGAAAAGUGGUUUGCCUACACCAUUGACCCUCCAGCAACAGAGGAAGACAAACCGUUCCCUCACACCCUCUGCGAAACCAGCUGUCCUAUUAGCGACGGCCAAUUCUACGAAUCUGAGGGCGGAGAAAACUUCAGAAUGUCCUGUGGCAAACGACACGGAACCAAGAUCCUUUGGACUUCGACUCAGGAGACGUUCCAGGAUUGCAUGGAUAGCUGUGGGAAGAUUGUGCCUUGUCAUAAUGUGGAUUAUCAGGCUAGGACUAAGAAGUGCUACUAUGGGUAAGUACAGAGAGAAGAGGCGGGAUGUGUGUGGACGAGGACUAAUGGGAUGUAGACAACAUCAUGGGGAACCGAGUGUUCCUGCGCCUGGUUUCUCCAGUGCUACCAGUGUUGGAUGCGGGGGUGCUUGUAAGAAGGGGUGUUGUGGUGGGAGUAAAGGAAAGGAUGAGUUGUGAGAUGAGCACAUUUAGGUGGACAAUGGGAGGCAUGAGAAAAGGGGGAUUAGAAUGACUUAAAUGAGACACGAAGGUAGAUGGAUUUGAGAGGGUCAAGUAGGA